AUGGAGGUGCAGCUGGGGGUCGGCCGCGUCUACCCGCGGGCGGGGGGCCGGACCUUCCGCGGGGCUUUUCAGACCUUCUUCCAGAGCGUCUGCGAGGCUUUCCAGGCGCCGCGGGAGGAGCCGGGCACCAGCCAGCAGCCGCCGGCGUGCGCGCCCUGCCCGCCGAGCCCCCGGCCGCCGCCGGGCUCGCCCGCCUUCCUGCCGCCCCAGGAGCCCCGCGGCGCCGCCAAGGCGCUGCCGGCCGGCGGCCCCGCCGCGGGCUCGCCCUUCCCCUGCGCCGGCGAGCUGAGGGAGCUGCUGUGCGAGGCGGGCGCGCUGCCGCUGCUGCCGCCGCCCGAGGCCGAGCCGGCGCCCAAGGAGGACCCGCUGGGCGACAGCGCCAAGCAGCUCUGCAGGGCCGUGUCCGCCUCCAUGGGCCUGGCGCUGGAGGCGCUGGAGGUGCCGGGCGAGCCGCUGCCCCGCGAGGACUGCAUGUUCGCGCUGCCGGCCGGGCCGCCCCGCGCCCCGCGCCCGGCCGGCGGGGACCCGCCGGAGCCGCCGCCCGCCCCGGCCGCCUUCGCGGGCGCCGAGGCCGCGCUGGCCGUCGGCGCGCCCGCCGGGCCGGGGCUCUACCGCGGCUCGCCGGGGCCCGCGGCGCGGCCGCCCCCCGCCUUCAGCCUGGCGCCGCCGCCCGCCCGCGUCAAGCUGGAGAGCCCGCCGGGGCCGGCGGCGGGAGGCGGCUGGGGCGCCCCGUGCCGCUACGGCGCCGAGAUGGCCCCGCCGGGCCCCGCGCCGCCCUGGCCCGCCUUCUUCGCCGAGGAGGGGCAGCUCUACGGGCCCUGCGCCGAGCCGCCCGCCGGGCCCUUCGGCUGCGGGCGCGGGCCGGCCGCCGAGACCGCCGACUUCCCCGGCGACGCCUGGUACCCGGCGGGCCGGCCGCCCUUCGCCGCCCCCGCCGCCUGCAUCAAGAGCGAGCUGGGACCCUGGGCCGAGGGCUACGGCGACGUCCGGUUGGAGACUGGCCGUGAACAUGUCUUGCCCAUUGACUAUUACUUUCCACCACAGAAGACUUGCCUGAUCUGUGGAGAUGAAGCAUCUGGGUGCCACUAUGGAGCCCUCACUUGUGGUAGCUGCAAAGUCUUCUUCAAACGGGCGGCUGAAGGUAAACAGAAAUACCUCUGUGCCAGCCGGAACGACUGCACCAUCGACAAGUUCAGAAGGAAAAACUGCCCGUCCUGCCGCCUGCGGAAGUGCUACGAGGCUGGGAUGACGCUCGGAGCCCGCAAGCUGAAGAAGCUGGGUAACCUGAAGACACAAGAUGAUGCGGAGGCAGCCAGCUCAUCCAGCCCCACAGAGGAGCAAGCUCCCAAAAUGGUGAUGACGCGCAUUGAUGGGUAUGAGUGCCAGCCUAUCUUCCUCAACGUCCUGGAGGCCAUCGAGCCUGGCGUGGUGUGUGCCGGCCACGACAACAGCCAGCCGGACUCCUUCUCCAACCUGCUGACCAGCCUGAAUGAGCUCGGGGAGAGGCAGCUGGUCUACGUGGUCAAAUGGGCAAAGGCCUUGCCAGGAUUUCGCAACCUGCAUGUGGAUGACCAGAUGUCAAUAAUCCAGUACUCUUGGAUGGGCCUUAUGGUUUUUGCUAUGGGUUGGAGAUCUUUCACCAACGUCAAUUCCAGGAUGCUUUACUUCGCUCCGGAUUUGGUCUUCAAUGAGUACCGGAUGCACAAAUCCAGAAUGUACAGCCAAUGUGUCAGGAUGCGGCACCUCUCUCAGGAGUUCGGAUGGCUUCAGAUCACACCCCAGGAGUUUCUCUGUAUGAAGGCUCUACUCUUCUUCAGUAUUAUUCCAGUGGAUGGCCUGAAGAACCAGAAGCUCUUUGAUGAACUCCGAAUGAAUUACAUUAAGGAACUUGACCGCAUCAUCGCUUGCAAGAGGAAGAACCCUACCUCCUGCUCUCGGCGAUUUUACCAGCUCACCAAGGUCCUGGACUCCGUGCACCCUAUUGCCAAGGAUCUGCAUCAGUUUACAUUUGACCUUUUAAUUAAGGCACAUAUGGUGAGCGUGGACUACCCUGAAAUGAUGGCCGAGAUCAUCUCUGUGCAGGUUCCCAAGAUCCUGUCUGGAAAAGUCAAGCCUAUCUACUUCCACGCACAGUGAUCUUCCGGAGGGACCUCCCAGUUCUGCCAUCCCCAUUUCAGCCAUCUCCUGCCUGUUAUUUCUGCACUACUGUACUGCAGUGCCUUGGGGAAUCCCCUCUACGGAGGCGGUGUGCCAAGAAGACGGACAGUAACAAACGGCUGCCUGCCGGGAUUCCUGAGAUUUCUGUUUUUCCUGAGGUACCUCUGAACUGAACUACCUGCCAUGGCUUCUGCCUAGAUUUGGCUGGCUCGCUGUGCUGGGACAGGGGACUGCGGCACGGUGGCAGCGGCACCGUGUCUGUGAUCUCUCGUGUGUGUGUUUUCCACAGCGACUUUUAGUGGCCCAGGGCCACGGGAGAUCGGGAGAAAUGCCAGCAGUUGUUGAGUUUGGUUUUUCUUUUUUUUAAAACAGAACAAAGCAAGAAGCAGGUUGAACCUGUAAGUUUGGGUGUGGGUUACUUUACUGGCCUCCUUCAGGACUUUUUAUUUGCAUUGUGGUGCUGGGAAGCAGAUGAGUUAAAAUAUUGCAGUGGAGAAACGGAGAAGAGUUGGGGGGACGAGGUGAAUUUGCAGCCUGAUGAAUUUACAGGACUUGCUGGGUGAUAAAGGCGCCGCGCAGCCGUUGUGGGGUCUGCCCCGGACAGCACGCCGCCGCCGCCUGCAGCCCCGCAGUGCUGCCUGCGCAGCAGCGUGGGUGAGCGGUAAUCUUAGCUGAUGGAGCAUUACCGGGUUGUCAGCCAAAGGGCUGGCGAGGAAGAUGACCUUUGGAACUCCCCAAAGAUGGUGGAUGGCUGCCGUUUUCCGCCUGGGAUGUUUUUCCUAUGGCCGGUCAAACUGGAUCUCGGUCUGCCCCACAGAUGCCCGGGCGCUCAGCAGUCACAUUCCCGUCCUCGACAGCUGCUGCUCCUCCAGCAGCUCCUCCACCUCCACAAGUGCCUGACAUCCUCAGACCUCACGCUCUCCUCUCCUCCCGUGGGCAUCCCCUGCCCAGCCCCUCACCAGCUCUGCCCCCGCUGGGUGUCCACAGACCACAGGUUUCCAGCUACACCACUUAUUUUCCAUUUAUCCCAACUAUUUUUUCUGAUGCCAGCCGAGGAGCGUCCCGGGAGCAAAGCAGCAGGGCCGGGAUCUGCGGGACCUGCGGAACCACAGGACUCCUGCUGUUAAUCCUGUCCUUUGGAAGGUGGCUGUGGUAACUGGUUGGUGCUGCCGUGGCGCUUCAGGGGGUCGUAAAGGAAACGCCAAAGAGACCUUCUGCCCUUCCAAGCCGUGCGCACGGCCCCUGCUAGUUGCAGUGGUUGAUGGCAGCCCGGCGGGACACCGUCCCGCGCGCAGCAUCCCUUGCUCACCGUCCCACGCGCACCGUCCCAUGCGCACUGUCCCACGCACACCGUCCUGCGCGCACCGUCCCGUGCACACCGCCUGUCCCCAGCAGCUCCACGUGGCGUGGUGGUGGCACAGCCUGCGCCCAGGCUGACGCAGCACAGGCUGCAGCUCCGCCGUGAGGAUGGACAAAUGUGCCCUGGCUAACAGGGGCACUCGGUCCACAACCAGCAAACAGCAAAGGUUGAUGGGUCUGCAGCUGCUGGUGACUCCCAGCAGCCAGGAACAUCUGGGAAAAGCAGGCUGUUUUUUCAGGCAUAAGUGUUGGCUUGGCUCCGUUUCAUACCUCAAGUUCAGAAGGAAGCACAGGCCCACCCGACGCCCGUAUUCAGAUUUGUUUAUUCCGUGGGCUCCGCUUCCCACAAUGUGGCUGAGCCUGUGUUCCCUGCAGUAUUUCAGUUCCUCCCUUCCCGCACAGCCGUGAGCCCACUGAAACUGCCUAUUCAGACCCGGCCGGGGGUGUUGGCGAUCGUGGCACGUACAGGCUCUUGCCAGGGCAAUACUUCUCAUCGGGGGCUGCGGCGCAGUCUGGUUUUACUGAUGCAGACAUUUACAAGGGGUCCUUGUGCCGGCGCAGGCAAACAGCAGGUCCGUGCCUUGCUGCACGCGGUUUGUUGGCCGAUGGUGGUUUUGCCGCUGCGGUAUGGAGUGGAGCUUGUGGCGGAGCUGUGCCCGCCCAGAGCACUGGUGUGGUCCUCCGGCACAGAGACACCACAAGCACAAAGCAAAUGCCGGAGUCUGGAGGGGUGAACGUGAUCAGACACGUGCAUCACAUCGCACUGUGUUCCCCCUGUGUAAUACCAGCUACUUGUCUUUGUCACAUUCUUUAAAAGAGAAGGGAAUGCGGUUUAGGCCAAUUGACUGCCACGUACAUUGUCUCCCAGCGGUGCCAUGCAGAAAAUAGUGCUAAAGCUUCUGCUGCUUGGACCGUUCAUGAGCUGAGCAUCACCGUCAGCUCUUCAAGCAAAUGCCCUCAUGGUAUGUCCGGGUUCUUUGCAAACUCUCAGCGAGAACAAACACUUAAUUUUCCUGACGCUUUUCAAUCGUGCGAUGGGGUUUUCUUAAGGGGAGGGGUAGAGAAAAAAAAACCCAAAACUGUCGAAGGGGAGGAUCUCUCUUUACAGUUAUUUGUAAUGGGUUUUCCUCCCUGCUAGAUACGGCUCUGAUCAUGCUCUUCCCCUGAAAUCCCUUCAUGCAGGUGGCAACAGAAUCCGUAGAUAACCUUCCUGAGUGCCAGCCAACAGGAUGGUGUUCUUAAUAGCUUUUCCUAUUUUAGAGGGCUGCAAGCAUUUUAAAUGUUGAUAUGAUCUACUAAUAUGUGCAAAUGAACCGGUAAGAAAAUCCUGCUGGUACAGUCCUCUUUUCUUGAAGAUUUUCUGGCUAUUAGCAGAAGAAUACAAUGAAUAACUGGACUGGUAAUGCCCUGAUCUCUGUCAUCAACAGGAGGAUGUUUAUGAGCAAUCUGAAUAGCUCCUUUGGAGAGCUUUAUAUUUUGCACAAGCCCAUGUCAGUAAAGUUUUCAUUAGUUAAUGAGAGUGGAGGUAUCCUGCUGGGUACUUCUCUGCUGGGAGAUUGGGAAGAAAUGAAACUUAAUAGGGAUUUGCAUACACUGCUUUGCUGGUGGAAGCAUAGUGCGAAUGAAAAACGGUUUAGAAGGGGAUACAGCCUACAUAUCACCUGCCAGAUGCGUGCAACUCAUGUAUAUGAUGCCUGUCCAACCACAUAUGCUGUAGGGAGGGAGCAGGUGCUCACGUGAAGUACCCCCCGGCUGAUGGGGCACGGAGCAAUCCGGCUGCCUUUGUCGACAAGCACCCCAGAGCCCUGGCACGCUCGCGUGGGGCACUGGGGUUAUGUUCUCUGUCUCUUCACAGUCGAAGUAAACUUCUGCAACUUUUUUAUUCAAGUUGACUUUUUAUGAUAUUAUUAGAGGGAUGACUGGAGGAUGUGGGAACCAGGAUCACUAGCACCUGUGUGUGUAUUUGCUGGGGGGGAUUUAACACUGUUUCCUUGUUUAUUUUCAUGGGCUGCUGCAGGAACUGGGGAAAAAAGAGGCUUAAGAAAUACCAAAGUCCACGUCCUGUCACAUACCUUUGUACUUUGUGUUUUCUUCUUGCAUUUUCUUGUCUACUUUCACUUUAAUAAAGCAAAGAGAAUUUCACCAUU